AUGGCCUUUUUAUUGAUUUUAUUUUCAUAUGUAAAUGCAGUUACCCUUGAAGAGAUAGAUGGAAAUAUUGAACUACUAGAAAAUUCUUUAUAUAAGUUUCAAAAAGCGAGAGAUUUACUAUUAUUUGAUGAACAAAACGAACAACGCAAAGAGACAGACAUCAAAGCACUUUCAGAAUUCGUAAACAAAGAAGACUAUUUGCUUAAUAAGCUUCUACCUAGAGGGAAAUUCAACUCUAGCUCUGAAGUACUCACAAUGGAAUUUAUUACUCUGAGGCCUUUAUCUUCAUACAAAGAUAUAAUUAAUGGCAAUAAUUUAGGGAUUGUUGUGACAUCAAAGGAUGGCUAUAUAAGGAUUUAUGAUAUUACAGGCAACUUGCUUAUAGAUUAUGAACUAGGAUAUCAAACAAAAUUUAUAGCAUGCACAAGCAACUAUGAUGAAAUGAAAAUUGCAGUGAUUACCCCCAGUCACAAACUUCAAGUUUUUAUGAUCUCAAUGGAAAGAGUCAGACAAAACCAAACCGAUGAAAACGAGAGGAUCCCAAAUAGAAUUGAUUUUAAUAUCACAAAGGAGAACGAGGAUGACUUAUAUGCAGGAAUAAAUGCAUCUUCAAUGAUUUAUUACGUAAAAACAGGCAAAAAAUCUUGAGUAAUAGGUGAUGAAAAAGGAGGAUUAAGCAUCCAUAGCUUUAACGGAACGUUUUUAAAAAGAGUAGAAACUGGAUUUGGUGAAAUAUUAUCAAUGGACAGAUUUGGACAUCACCUUGUAUUUGGCUGCUCAAAUGGAAUUGGACUAAUUAAUUCAGGAAGCUUUGAAAUUCAUCACUUCUGUGAAUCUGCAAAAUCUACUUUGGUACCAAAUAAAAUAACUGGAGUAGUCAUUGACACAUCUGUCUCUACUUCAAUUGUUUAUGGAGCAACAGAAAAGAAUGAAAUUAUUAUAUUAGAUACUCGCCCAAAUGAAGAAUCAGAAGAAUUAGGAUGCCACAGUAAAAUUUAUGCUAGUUAUUAAAAAAUUCGAUCAUGGAUAUUCAUAUGGGAAUAUUAAAAUAAAGUCAAUCAGAGGCUAUUUAUUAGCACUCAGUGAAGAUGGAGAAUUAAGAUUUUAUAACUCAACCGGCGUAAGAGAAAAUGAAUUCUCAAAGACGUUCAAUGUCACAAUUUCAAAUGCUUAUGGAAAUAGUUUAUUCAAAGUUAGCAGAAUUCAAAAUGGUGGAAAUUUAAUAUCUAUUGCAAAUAAGAGGGAGAUAAUGGUUUUUGAGUAUGUUUUGCCUUAUAAAGAAGGAGCAGGAGUCGAAUUUGGUGGAAUGAGAUAUAUUAUGUAAGAAUCAUAUAGAUUAUUUGUAGCGAUUGGAGGAGCAGUUUUAUGGCAGUAUGUGAAAACAAACGAAAAUGAUAAGAAAAAGCAUAAAAAUAGUGAUGAUGAAAGCGAGAUUGAAAAUAUCAUUAGAAGAGCGAGAUAG